UUCGAGAUAACGAAAUACUGAACGGUAAAAUAAUACAAAAUUACGAAAUGUCCAGUAUAAGCUGAAAAUUAUCUCAUAAAUUCAAUAUUUUGUAUAAUUAUUUAAUAUUUAAAUAUAAAAUUAAAUCACCAUUUGACAAUUUGGCGUUUGGUACUGACCAUGACUAACUAAGCAUAUUUUUAGUUGAAAAUUGUAAUAACUAGUAACUAAUCCAAUCCACAUUCCACACUAUACAAUUAUUAAAUACUAUAAUCACUGCAAUCAUCAUUCUAUAAUAUCGAAUGUAAAACCCAUAUUUUGUUGAAAUUAAACUUGGAUGCGGGGUAAUAAACAAUGUAAUAUCAACCUUUAUAUUAUUUUUGUUGCACAACCGUUUUUCCAAAAAAAGGUUUAAAAUUAACUUCUAGUAGUAACUAGUUAUUCGUACAUCAAUAAAUUGUCAAUUCUUCUUAUCUUUAUUUUUAUUGGUCAUGUACGUGUUGUAAAUUCGUUUAAUGAACAAUGGACAUUAAUGGUGUGCAACGCGCUGACUGGGAACGAAGAAGAAAACUACGACUUGCCCAGGUUAGAGACCAAUCUAAAACAUUAGCUAAAACAAUACGUGAUCGUGUCCACGGGGCUGUGGAAGUUCAGCUGAAUCAACGCAAUACAACAAAAAAUAUAACAGAACAUAAAUUUAAAUCACUGGCAGUACACAAGUUGAAAAGUGAUUUUAAUUACUUGAUACAAGAUGUUGGUAAUGGUUACUCAGUUGCAUCAGUUCAAGAGGAUCCAUGUAUAGUAUUGGCCGAAAAAAGAUUGAUAGACAGAUGUAAAGCCAUAUCAAGGGGCGCAGAAGCAGAAAAACGACAACAACGGAUCCAAGAAGAACAGCAGAUGGACAAAGAAAUGAGGGAUAGAAGAACACAUUUCAACAAGACAGUUGAAAAAAUACGGUCAACACUAAUAACAAGUGUUCAGAAUGUUGACGAUGAUAAUACUCGCCGGCGUAAUAUAAAAGAACACAAUGAAUGUUUCUUUAUUCCAAGUCAAGUAACUUUGAAUGAAUCAAAUGUAAUAAAUAGGAACUUAAAUAAAAAAUUUUCUAAACCUUGGUCAGUAGUUAUUGGUUCCAAAGAAAAUCAAAUGGAGAAAUUACAACAACUAACCACGAGUGAUGAAAAUAAAGAAAAUGAAGAAAAUGUAUCUAAAUUCUCAAAGCUAGAAACAGAUUUGAAAACCUACGAAUCAUUAGUUUUAGAGUUAAAUAAACUAUCUGCUGAAGAACAAAACAUUAGAAACAAAUUAUUUCCCGAUAACUUAAAAGAAAUUACUAUUACAUGUCAAAAUAAUGCACCUUCAGAAUCUAAAGAAAAAAAUAAAACAAAAGAAAAUACUAGAAAAAAAGAAAAUACAUCAAAUGAAAGAAUUAAAUUAAAUGAAACUAAAAAACAGAUAACUGAAAUAAGACUUGAUGAGUCAAAUACGUCUACAUCUAUAUGUAUAUCGUCAUCCACAUCAACCAGUACUAAUUAUGAACAACCCUCAAGGAAAACUAUUCAUUUUGAAAAGGAAUGCAAAAAGAAAAAACUUACUAAUACUAACUAUGAGCAACCUUCGAAGAAAAAUAUUCAUUUUCAAAAGGAAUGCAAAAAGAAAAAACUCACCAAUACUAAUUAUGAGCAACCUUCAAAAAAAAAUAUUCAUUUUGAAAAGGAACCCAAAAAAAUGAUUAUACAACCAAGUACCAAGUUAAAUUAUAAAGAAAAAUUUGCUUCUGGAAAACCCUUGCAAAAUAUUAACAAUAUAAUGCAAAGAAUUAAAAACAAAAAACAACUGCUCGUAAAUGAGAUAUCUACUGGUAAUCAUGGAAAUACAGGUGUGGAUAACAAAAAAUUGAAGGCAGUUUCUUCUUCAAUUCCUAAAACAUUACCUUUACCUGAAAGACAUUGUUCUGGUGACAGAUUACGAGAGGAAAUUCCAGUAAAUUACGCUCAACUUCCAGAUUCAUUUUACAAUGGUCAGCUUGAUACAUUAAAAGAACAUAUAUCAAAAAAACAAUUUAAAGUUCUUGAUACCGAAGUCAAUAAGUCAAUAAAUGAAGAUCUAAUAGCAUACAUAAAUACAUUACUAAAAAUGUCACCUUCAGAUGUGGAUAACUUAUCAAUUUCAUCUUGUUCGAGCAUUCAAUUUGAGGAAAAUGUUUUACAGCAUUCAGAAAAAGAUACUCAAUAUUACUGUAAAAUGUUGAAAUGCAUAUCAAAAUGUUUAAAUACAGAUAUUUCUGACAUAAAUGAAACAGUAUUUGAUUCUCCAAAAAACAUAAACUUAUUAAAUAAACUUGAACAAUUAACAAAUUAUUACUUAGAAAAAACUCAUGAAAUGAAAAAUAUCUGUGAUGAAACUCCUCAAAUAGUAAAUAAAAAAUCUUCUGAGAACAAUACUAGUACUAUUAAAGAGAAUAGUUCUAUUAAUUUAUCAUCAGGGUCAUCAGUUGAUGGAGAAUAUAUAUUAGGAAAUUUAAAUAAAUUACUACAGGAAAAGGGAAUUAUUAAUUCUGACAAAGAAUGGCCAAAGUUCAAACAUAUUGAUGAUGGUGACGAUAGAAGUUUAACUGAUCAACUUCUUGAUAUAUAUCCAUGUAGUUCAUAUGAUAGAUGAAACAUAUUUUUAAAUUAUUAUAAGUUUGAAAAUGUUAAAAGGUAAUUAUUUCUCUAUUUUUGAUGAUAAGUAUUAUUUAUCAAUUAAAACAUGUUCAUCUGUGGAACUUGUAUUAAUUUAGCAGCAUACUAAAUCAAUUAUUAAAAAUAAUCCCAUGCGAUCGCAAACAUUUUUUUAGUAACUAUAUUAUUAACUACAAAUUUAUUUUUAAUUUAAUUUUAUAUUUUAUAAUAUUAGUAACUCAAACAAUAAUUUUCUCGGAUAAAACUACUCAAUUAAAAUUGUUUUACGCAUAUUUAAAAUUAUAACUUUUAAAUCCUUAAAAUUACCUUUCUAUCUAUUUGACUUUUUCAUUUUACAGCAAGUAUUAAUAUAAAUAUUUAUACAUUACAUUAUUUUUUAUCCUAAGUGUUUAGUAAAUGUGUAAUAAUUACUUUUAAAUUAGAAUUUACUAUUAAGAAAUAGUCUUAUAAUUUUAUUAGUGAUCUUCAUGCACAAUAAUUCAAAUGUCUGUAUCAUAUUAUUAUUCUAUUUAUACUUUUUCAUUAUAAUUUGUAGCUGUAUCAAGGGAUACCUUCUCCAUUUUUUUUUCAAUUUGAUCAUAAAACAUUUAUAUUAUAUACUCUUAUCCUCCUUUUCAUGAAACAAAUUAUUCUGGAUUUGACAAUGUUAUAAUGGAAAUUAUUCAAAUUCUAAUGAUUUGUAAUGUCAUGUUAAUAUAAUAAUAAAAAAAAUGUA